AUGGGUUCACAGCAUUUUUUUGUAAGUGGUCACAUUGCAGUGGAAGAUGCAUAUCGAGGGACUGGCAUACAGGCAGCAAGGGCAGGGUCCAGCGCAUCAGAACUCUUGGAACAAACAUUCUCGUUGAAAAUUACACUGAAGGAAUGCGAUCUGAUACUUCUCGAAAUGCCAGAAUCGAAGAACAGCUUGGCUCUUGUGGCUCAUACAACAGCUGUCUUGAAUAUGAAUGAUGCACAUCGAUUGCUCAGCGCUAACUUGGAGAUACAGGUAAACUGUCGCUUUUUGUUUUUGUUUGAAUACCCCGAUGUUAUUGAAGUGAAGCAGCUAGAAGCUAGGCAAGACUUGCUAGACCCACGUUUUUCUCCUGUCCUCUUCACUGUGCAUAAUUUUCUCGGCUGUUUCAUAACUGAGUUUUUAUUUCAAUUGAUGCGAAAACAUUUCCAGUAUUUUUGCUACUCUUCCCAAUGUUGUGGGAACAGUAUCAAAAAUACUGGAAUUUAUUGGUGUAUUAAGGAUUUACAAACUGUGUAUUCUGGUACAGCUUUGUAA